UUAGGGAGCAGCUGAUCAGCUGAGUUUGUUUUGCUUCUGCUACAAACAGAAAUGUAAUGGAAAUCUCGAGCGAUAUCGAAGAAUUACUGAAAUAUUCUCCACCUUUUCUAUGGUUACGAAGAUUCGUCAUCUGAGGUGGUAAUCCAGUAAGAUGUUUGGAAUGAGCAACUUCGACUUUCCCAAAUAUCGGUCCGAGUGUAAUUCUCUGGCUUCGUUUUCUUCUGAUGGCGGCUCUAAAAAGAGGAGAGGAUCGUUUAUUGAUAGCAAUGAUGAUGAGGCAGACUCUAUUAAAAUACCUAGAACAGCAGGAGACUGGAAUAAAAAACAAAAUCACAGUGAAAUUGAAAAACGUAGACGUGACAAAAUGAAUACCUAUAUAAUGGAACUAAGCAGUAUUAUUCCUGUGUGUACUUCACGGAAGCUUGACAAACUUACAGUCCUCCGAAUGGCAGUUCAGCAUAUGAAGAUGUUGCGUGGCUCCCUCAAUUCAUACACUGAAGGACACUACAAACCAGCAUUCCUCUCUGAUGACGAACUAAAAAACUUGAUUUUACAGGCUGCAGAUGGUUUCUUGUUUGUCGUGGGUUGUGAUAGAGGCCGAAUAUUAUACGUUUCAGAAUCAGUAUACCAAACUCUUCAUUAUACUCAGGGAGAAUUGCUGGGAACCAGUUGGUUUGAUAUUUUGCACCCGAAAGACCUAGCAAAAGUAAAGGAACAACUUUCCUGUUCAGAUAUUAGUCGUCGAGAGAGGCUUGUGGAUGCCAAAACACUUCUACCUGUGAAGACUGAUGUUCCACAGGGACUUACCAAAUUGUGCCCAGGUUCUCGUCGGGCUUUUUUCUGCCGCAUGAGAUGUAAGUCGUCUCCAGUUUUGAAAGAGGAGGCCGAUUCUUCCACUGGCUGUCCAAGGAAGAAGUCAAAAUCCCAGAGUUCGGAUAAAAAGUACAGUGUAAUCCACUUUACCGGUUACCUUAAAUCUUGGGCUCCUACGAAAGACCCUCUGGAGGAAGAUUCCGGAAGCGACUCCGACUCUUGUAACCUGUCCUGCUUGGUUGCAGUUGGACGAGUGCAUCAACCAUUGUUGGCCUCAAGUGUGCAAGAGACUUCAAGAUUAGGUAGUGCUGCACCAACUCAACCUAUUGAAUUUAUAUCAAAACACACCAAUGAUGGAAAAUUCGUUUUCAUUGAUCAGAGGGCAUCAUUGUUAUUGGGAUGGCUUCCUCAAGAGCUUCUUGGAUCAAGCAUGUACGAGUAUUUCCAUCAGGACGACAUUGCUCUCCUGGCUGAGACACACAAAACCACACUGCAAAACUCUCAAAGUUGCAACACCCAGGUCUACAGGUUUCGCACAAAGGAGGGCUCCUUUGUAAGAUUACAGAGCAAUUGGUGGACAUUCAAAAAUCCUUGGACGAAAGAGAUUGAGUACAUUAUAUCAAAAAACAGUGUUGUUACGUCGGAAGCUGGGAUGGUGGAGAGCACCAUGGCCAAUGAAUCUGUUUCACAAUCUUACAGCAACUUCAGUGAAUAUUUGAACUCUCCUGAUCCAAAUCAUAAUCAAGAUACAUCACCACUAGGUGGUGCUGGAUCUAACAGUAACAGCAGCCGCUUGAUGGGAGGUGGUAUUCAAGCUGGAAAAAUCGGCCGAGUGAUUGCCGAAGAAGUUUUAGAUAAUCAGCGGAAGAAUGAUUCUACAUGCAAUAGCCCAGUAUCUCCCUUUGAAGGAAUUUUGGGAUCUGGAGCAUCUGAUCGAUCUUUUGCAGCACUUCUUAGAUCUGAUAUGACAGCACACAGGACAAAUGUGAAGAACAAUGUUGUGUUAAGCAGCAAUACCAGCACCUGCUCUGGGAGUGAUACCAGCCGGGGUACACAACUCAGUAAUAACCAUCACCAUCUUCCUGGUAUGAAUAACAAUAAUAAUCUGACAAAUAGCAGUGAAAGAGGUGGGUCAUUCAGUCAUCACAACAACAACAACAACAACCACAGACAACCUGUAUCUAAUGAAGGUGACCUGAUGGAUGUGGUGAGUGGCCGUGACCUGGAAACCGACGGAACUAGCGACUCCGAUGAAGCGGCAAUGGCUGUCAUUAUGAGCCUUUUGGAAGCUGAUGCUGGACUUGGUGGCCCAGUGGAUUUCUCUCACCUUCCUUGGCCACUUCCCUGAGAAUAAGUCAGUCAGUCCCCCAUUGGUGGAGUACAAAUUUGUCACUCACAUUUAGUUGCCAAACUGUGACAAAAUUUUUAUUUAUAUUAUAAACACACUUUUUAAAGAAAUGCAAAUUUCUAUGUUAAGCAAGUCGGAUUAAAUUUUUUAAAGAUUAAAGCAAUACUGGUGAACUGUAUGGGUCUCGAACCACAGACCCCAUGCGUGUGGGGCCGUAACACUAUCAACAAAUUCAAGACCCAUACAGUCCAGGUGAUUGGAAUGUUUAUUUCCAUGGAAGUGUGGUUGGCAAUUUAUACUGGUGGCACAAUUCGUGAGGGGGACUCCCACUUGCUAAGUUCACCACUGCUGUAUUUGUCAACUGUAGUAUGUGGUGGUGUGCUCUUUGAAUACUGGCUAAUUAAUAUUAUAGCCUAACAGAAUGUAACCUGUGCAUUCUUAUUGAAAAUUUUUACAAAAUAUUUUCCCUUUAUGGAAACAGAUUAUAUAUACAACAUCUAGUGAUAUCUGCAGGUUUUGUGGCAGCAUAGGUCAGCCACAUAGCACUGAGUCAUGUAAACGUCUUGUAGCACCCCACAGAGCUAUGUGGCUGUACAGACAUAAAAGUAGCACUGUUCUUAUCACAGGGAAAGACAAACUGGGCUUGUAUGGCACAUCCCGAUGCAGACGGGAGACUUAGGAUGCCAUCCGUAAGAGUGGACUGGCUGAUGUUAGGGACCCCCUGUACUGAACAGUAUAUUAAAUGUCCAAAUAGAUUAUUGUGUAAGUAGUAAUGAUGAUGAUUGAAAGUGUUUGAAGAAAGUUUUAAUGUACAGUAGUUUAUUUUGCUUUAGAGGCAAGAAAGGCUGAACAUAUAAAUAAAUACUGAUUUUUAAAUGCUCAUAAUGCAGUGCUUUAGGGAUUUGAAUGUACCUGUAUUUAAAAAACAAAAACCCAUUUCCUUACUGCAUGGAACUUGCUACUUUCAAUGAUUCAGGUUUUAUAUCUAAUAUGUAUAAAAUAUAAUAGUAAUAUUAUACAGUGGUACCUCGGAAUACGAGCGUCUCCGUUUAUGAGUUUUUCGGAAUACGAGCAGUAUUUCCUCGGAAAAUUUGAAUCGGAAUACGAGGGUUACAUCGGAAUCCGAGUUUGUUGAUCACGUACAGGCC